AUGAGACUUUCUAUAGCGAAAAAUCUUCACGACAUUUUCGUUCUUAAACGUCAAUCAAAAGUUUGCCAACCUAACAGCCUAGAAGACUUCAUUAACUUGUCUCAAAAUGAAGCCUUAAUUAAAAUUUCAAGAGAGCUCGCAGAACAGUGUUUAGAAGACGAAAUAAGUUUUUCUCCUUGUCUAUCAAUACCAAGCGACGUAAUCAAGCAGUUAAAGUUGCUGCUGUCUCAUCAAGCACUAAAUGUAUUCGCCAAGUUAUUUUUAACAUCACGUGUACGCAUCAUCGUCAUCGUUUUAGUGGAAAUUGGACGUUGA